AUGGGGGAGACUGAGCCUGACAGAGGUGGAGCUGUGAAUGAUGGAACGAGUGAGGGAGGAGUGAAAAUGAGAUUAGGUUGUGCACUUCAGGUGGUGUGUCAGCCUUGGGAGUGGAAUAACCGUCAGUCCUUCAGUGGCCUGAUCCGGAGCAGUCCUGUUUUCUUGCUGCUUUUAGGCUCCUAUAUGUUGGUGAACUCCUCCCAGCAUGCCGCGGGCCAUCGUGCUCAGCUGCAGCUGCAGACGCUGAGUGAAAACGACACGCACUGCGUCCAGUUCAGCUACUUCCUGUACAGCCGCGACGGCCACAGUCCCGGGGCCCUGCGAGCGUACGUGCGAGUCAACGGUGGUCCGCUCGGAAACCCUGCGUGGAACACUUCGGGGUCUCACGGCAAACAGUGGCACCAGGUCGAGCUGGCUGUCAGCACCUUCUGGCCCAACGAAUACCAGGUGCUGAUUGAGGCAACAGUUUCCAGAGAGCGACGAGGUUACAUUGCCAUAGAUGACAUCAUGGUCCUCAACUAUCCCUGCUAUAAGGCUCCACACUUCUCCAGACUUGGAGAUGAGGAGAUGAACGCUGGUCAAAAUGCAACUUUUCAAUGCGUUGCUGCUGGAAGAUCGUCGGAGGCGGAAAAAUUCCUGCUGGAGAGACACAACGGGGACAUUUUAACAAUGGCGUCAGUCAAGCACCUGAGUCAUCGGCGCUUUGUGGUGUCUUUCCAGCUUGAUAGCGUUCAGCGUUCUGAUCAAGACCUUUACCGCUGCGUCACUCAGUCCCCUCGUGGCUCAGGGGUCUCCAACUUUGCUGAACUGGUAGUGAAAGUACCUCCAUCCCCCAUCGCGCCGCCUCAGCUGCUGCGCGCCGGCUCUACCUACCUGAUCAUCCAACUCAACACCAACUCCAUCCUGGGAGAUGGCCCCAUCAUCAGGAAGGAGAUUGAGUACCGAGCCAGUCAGUCCCCGUGGUCAGAGGUGCACGGAGUCAACAUGGUCACCUAUAAGCUGUGGCACCUGGAUCCAGACACGGAAUACCACAUCAGUGUGCUGCUGACUCGGCCUGGAGAAGGAGGAACUGGCCCUCCUGGUCCUCCUCUAGUGAGCAGAACCAAGUGUGCAGAACCCAUGCGUCCACUUCGAGGCCUCAUUGCCACGGACAUCCAGCCCAGGCAACUGGCCCUGCUGUGGGAGAACCUGGCGUUCAACUUGACACGCUGCCACACCUACUCAGUGUCCCUGUGCUUUCGCUAUACCAUGGCGGGAGGAGGCGGCGGCCACAACACCACAGUGCGCGAGUGCCUGGCAGUGGAAAACAAUGCCUCACGCUUCAUGCUUCGUGAUCUGCCACCGUACCACAGCAUCCACGUCCGUCUGUCGCUGGCAAACCCAGAGGGGAAGAAGGAGGGUAGAGAGGUCACCUUUCAGACAGAGGAGGACAUCCCUGGAGGCAUAGCGCCAGAGUCGCUCACCUUCACCCCACUGGAUGACAUGAUCUUCCUGAAGUGGGAGGAGCCUGUUGAACCCAAUGGUCUAAUUACACAAUAUGAGAUCAGUUACCAGAGCAUUGAGUCAUCUGAUCCAGGGAUCAACGUCCCAGGACCCAGAAGAACAGUGUCCAAACUCAGGAACGAGACGUACCACAUGUUCUCCAACCUUCACCCCGGAACAACUUACCUGAUCUCCGUUCGAGCGCGUACAGCCAAGGGUUUUGGCCAGACUGCUCUAACAGAAAUCACCACUAACAUCUCAGCUCCUACGUUUGAUUAUGGAGACAUGCCGUCGCCACUAAGCGAGACCGAGAGUACAAUUACUGUGCUGCUGCGCCCCGCACAAGGCAGAGGAGCACCCGUCAGCACUUACCAGGUGGUGGUUGAGGAGGAGACUGUGAAGAAAGUGAAGCGAGAGCUGGGCCUUCAGGAUUGUUUCCCGUUGCCCAUGUCUCAUGGCGAGGCGCAGGCCCGAGGCACGCCACACUACUACACGGCAGAGCUGCCCCCCAGCAGUCUGCCAGAAGAAAGUCCCUUCACCGUUGGAGACAAUCACACUUACAACGGCUACUGGAAUAGCCCUUUGGACCCUCGCAAGAGCUACCUUGUCUACUUCCAGGCUAUGAGCAACUUUAAAGGGGAAUCAAGAAUAAACUGCAUCCGCAUCGCUCGCAAAGCUGCCUGCAAAGAUCACCGCAAAGCUCUGGAGGUGUCUCAACGCUCUGACGAAAUGGGCCUGAUUCUCGGGGUGUGCGCUGGAGGACUGGUGGUCCUGAUCCUCCUGCUGGGUGCUGUCAUCAUCAUCAUUAAGAAAGGGAGGGACUACUCCUCUUAUUAUCCGAAAGCAGUGAACAUGAAUAAGACUCCCAUUACCUACCGGCAGGAGAAGAGCCAUAUGGGCUCGUUGGAGCGCAGUUUCACAGACCAGAGCACCUUACAGGAGGAUGAAAGAAUGGCUCUUUCAUUUAUGGAUGCGCACACGUGCGGCACACGAAGUGAUGCUCGAAGUUCAGUGAACGAGGCAAGCAGUUUGCUGGGAGGCUCCCCGAGGCAUCAGUGUGGUGGCCGUAAAGGCUCCCCUUACCACACAGGUCAGCUCCACCCUGCCGUCCGAGUGGCUGACCUCCUUCAACACAUCAACCAGAUGAAGACUGCCGAGGGCUAUGGCUUUAAACAAGAAUAUGAGAGCUUCUUCGAUGGCUGGGACUCCACCAAAAAGAAGGACAAAACCAAAGGGAGGGACACCUUGCUGGGAUAUGAUCGCCACAGAGUGAAGCUCCACCCUCUUCUGGGAGAUCCCAACUCAGACUACAUUAACGCUAACUACAUUGAUAUUCGGAUUAACAGGGAAGGCUACCAUCGAUCCAACCACUUCAUCGCCACUCAGGGACCCAAGCAGGAGACUUUGUAUGAUUUUUGGAGGAUGGUGUGGCAAGAAAACUGUUUCAGCAUUGUCAUGAUCACCAAGCUGGUGGAGGUUGGCAGGGUGAAAUGCUGUAAAUACUGGCCUGACGACAGCGAGAUGUACGGGGACAUCAAAAUCACCUUGCUCAAAUCAGAGACGCUCGCCGACUACACAGUUCGCACCUUUGCAUUGGAGAGGAGAGGAUACUCUGCCAAGCACGAAGUUCGUCAGUUUCACUUCACGUCCUGGCCUGAGCAUGGUGUGCCCUAUCACGCCACCGGGCUGUUGGCGUUUAUACGAAGAGUGAAAGCCUCUACGCCUCCUGAUGCUGGCCCGGUGGUGGUCCACUGCAGUGCGGGGGCAGGACGCACAGGCUGCUACAUCGUGCUGGACGUCAUGUUGGACAUGGCCGAGUGCGAAGGCGUGGUGGAUAUCUACAACUGUGUGAAGACCCUCUGCUCUCGACGCAUCAACAUGAUCCAGACAGAGGAGCAGUAUAUUUUCAUCCAUGAUGCCAUUCUUGAGGCCUGCCUGUGUGGAGAAACAGCCAUCCUUGUGAACGAGUUUGCAGUCACCUACAAGGAGAUGCUGCGGGUGGAUUCUCAGAGUAACUCCUCUCAGCUGCGUGAGGAGUUUCAGACUCUAAACUCGGUGACUCCCCACCUGGAUGUGGAGGAGUGCAGCAUCGCUCUGUUGCCCAGAAACCGAGAGAAAAACCGCAGCAUGGACGUCCUGCCACCUGAUCGCGCCCUGGCUUUCCUGGUUACUACAGAAGGGGAAAGUAACAAUUACAUCAACGCUGCGCUCGCCGACAGCUUUCACCGGCAGGCUGCCUUCAUCGUGACCCCUCACCCUUUGCCCGGCACCACGGCUGAUUUUUGGAGGCUGGUUUUUGACUACGGCUGCACAGCAGUGGUCAUGCUCAACCAGCUCAACCAGUCUAACUCUGCCUGGCCGUGUGUGCAGUACUGGCCGGAGCCUGGUUUGCAGCAGUACGGGCCCAUGGAGGUGGAGUUUCUGUCCAUGUCAGCAGACGAGGAUGUCAUCACUCGUCUGUUUCGGGUCAAGAACGUCACACGGCUCCAAGAGGGCCAGCUGGUGGUGUGUCAGUUCCAGUUCUUGCGCUGGUCGGCGUACCGCGACGUUCCCGACUCCAAGAAGGCGUUCCUCAACCUGCUGGCUCAAGUGCACAAGUGGCAGAGGGAGUGCGGGGAAGGACGCACCGUUGUGCACUGCCUCAAUGGUGGUGGUCGCAGUGGGAGCUUCUGUGCCUGCAACAUCCUCCUUGAGAUGAUCCAGUACCAGAACAUGGUGGACAUCUUUUAUGCUGUCAAAACUCUACGCAACUGCAAACCCAACAUGGUGGAGUCUCUGGACCAGUAUCGAUUUUGCUAUGACCUUGUCCUGGAGUACUUGGACUGUUUCGAAGGCAGAUAG